CUCCAUGUUAACAUUUAGACUUCAAUCCGGGUAUGGACGAGUACAAACGUUCUUCACUACUUUCACUCCUACGUAAAUCACCAAUUGCACUUCACUCCUACGUAAAUCACCAAUUGCACGGAAGUAUGCACAAAUAUUUUUGGAAUACCAAGAAGCGGGUUGCGACGAACGGAUCGGUGAAGGGCGAUUGGUCCUAUAUAAAUCGGUACUUUUAAACGUUUAAGUUAUAACGCAAGCAUUUAAGUAAAUGACGUUGUAACAUUGGUGCGGUUGGAACAUUGGUGACACGAUGAAAACGCUCGGAGCAGCAGCGUGGUUGCUCGUGUGUGUGGUGUUUGCACCGACGGUGCGCACCAACCCUGCCUCGAAAGUACAUGACGCUGUUGUUAGCAGUGCUCGAGAGAAAUGGGCCGACUCAUCUAGCGGAUUUGAUUGCCCUUUACGGAACAUUCACCGACGGAGUCUUCCCACCGAUGCCGACAUCGCCGCUGACCGGGAUCUGACAACCAUGAUGGUCUCUGUGCGCAACCUACGUAAACAAGGAUUCAGUUUGGCUGAACUUGAACACGAGAACGUGGUCGCGGAAUUUCAGCGUCUUCUAAAAGACCUUCCCGUAUGUCCACAAUGGACAGGACAAUGCAACGCUACCUCAAAGUUUAGAUCCAUUAAUGGCACGUGCAACAAUCUGAAUAACCCCACGUGGGGAAUGUCAGGGGCGGCCCAGCGCCGUCUAGUUCGGGCAGCAUAUGAUGACGGUCUGAACCUUCCCCGGUCUUUGGGUAUUGAUGGAAAGCCUCUGCCGUUCCCACGAAAGGUCAGCAACGCAGUCCAUAGGGGUCCUCAGCAGCUUAAGUCACAAGAAUUGACACUGCAGGCCUUUCAGUUUGGUCAGUUCCUUGACCACGACAUAAUAAAAACACCUAGGAGCGAGGCUGCAAGGGAUUGCUGUGCAAAUAAUGAAGAUCUGGACAAUUGUUUCAACAUAAACUUUGACGAAGAUGACCCUUACUUGCCACGGUUCAAGGCCGGAUACUGCAUGGAGGUCCCGAGGUCAGCUGGGAUCCUCUGCAAGUCAUCAGCAGGUGGAAUAUUACAGCGUCAGCAGACCAAUGAUCUAACGUCAUUUGUCGACGCUUCAAACGUCUACGGUUCUUCAGACGUGCGUUUGGCGUUAUUGCGAGAUGGAAAAACACCGUUUAUGAAGGCCACACAGGGUGCAGAUGGGCCCCGCUUACCUGACGGUCCUGAUAACGAGUGCCGCUCAGAUGCGGCCAAUGGUAUACGCUGCAGUAUUGCAGGUGAUGUACGAGUCAACGAAAUUCCAUCUCUGACGUCAUACCACAAUGUGUUUGUGCUCGAACACAAUCGUCUGGCGAAUGGACUUAGGCAAUAUUUUACGGAUGACGAGGAAGCAUUCCAGCAGACGAGAAAACUCUUGAUCGGAAUCAUGCAGAAGAUUGUGUACGACGAAUUUCUCCCUGCUUUCCUUUCACCGACAGCGAUGACGAAAAAUAAACUUUCCAGUUCAAACAGAUACAAAUACAACUCAAAACUUGAUCCUACCGCUGCCAACGUUUUUGGAAUAGCGUUCCGUAUGGGCCACACUUGGAUUCCCACGUUCAUGUCGGUCUACACGAAGAACUUCCAGCCGUUCCGCGAGACACUUCUCAACCUGACCUUCGGCGAUCCCAACAUGACCUAUAUACAGUCUGUGAACGGAGGCCCAUCUGGGAUGCAAGGGCUGUCCUACGCGCUAUCUGCCCUCCAGUCACUGAAAACUGACAGAAUCCUCGAAGAAACUGUCCGCAGCUUCUUAUUUGUCAACACGUUGGCCGAUACUUCUUUCGAUCUGGCAUCCCUGAACAUCCAGAGGGGUCGCGACCACGGACUUCCCUCCUACAACGAGUUCCGAAUAUGGUGUGGGCUAUCUUCAGUAAGGUUCUGGAACACAUCCUCAGUUGGAGGCCUUAUUGAUCACACCGUUCAGACAAUCACUCUUCUUAAAGCUGCUGGUUACAGUUCGCCCCAAGACAUAGACUUUUUCCCCGGAGCCCUGAGCGAAAAGCCCGUCUCUGGUGGAACCUUGGGUCCGACCAUGGAGUGCAUCAUAGGGGACCAGUUCCGGAGACUCAAGUUCGGAGACAGAUUCUUCUAUCAGAACAAAAAGACUGGCUUUAACAAAGCGCAACAAGCCGCCAUUCAGAAAUACAGCCUGGCCUCCCUGCUGUGUCAGAACUACAACUUCACAAAGAUCCAUUUUCCAAACGUCUUCAAACAAGCUGACCCACUCAAGCGUUGCCAGAAAAUCGCCGAUAUUGAUUUGCUGCCUUUCUGUGUGUUUCCCACAGCGUCGCAGUGCGAUUAUGAUGAUGAUGACGAUGAUGAUGGUGAUGAUGAUGGGGAUGAUAAUGAUGAUGACGAUUUCGUUGAUGAUGAUGAUAAUGAUGUUGAUGAUGAUGAUGAUGAUGAUGAUGAUGAUGAUGAUGAUGAUGAUGAUGAUGUUGAUGAUGAUGAUGAUGAUGAUGAUGAUGAUGAUGAUGAUGAUGAUGAUAAUGAUGAUGAUUAACUUCUUUUUCAUAAAUGUGUAUUUUCAAGUUAACAUUUUGCUGUAACAGCUGACAAGUACAGCGUGUAUUUUAUAUUCAAAAUUUAACACCAUGCAGAAAACAUGACAUGUUGCUAUAUUUUUAAUUUCAUUUAUAGGAAACAUCUGUCAAGUAUCAAAUAAACACAAUUUACUGCAAUAUUAAUGUUCGUCUUCAAAGAGUGUUUGGUUUUGAUAUGUGUUUGAAAUUUCAAAUGGUAUUCAGUUCCUUUGUCUACGUACAAUUGUUGUGUAUUGAUAUUCAAAGUGUCUUCCUUUCCAUUUGUUUUGUUCAAUCGUAUACAUCAAAUGUGCAUGAUUUGCUAACACGAAAAUGCGUAGAAUGAAGGUUAUGAAAUUAUUAUAAGAAGAGACGCUUUUUACAGCGAAAUAAAAAUAUGUCGUUUG